CACGCCUCCAAAAACAUGAUACAGACUACAAUCUACACCCGCGUACCAAAAAUUGAAAAUCCCAAAAUUGUAUACGCACAGGCCAUGCAACAACAACAACGACAACAUCAACACCAACACUCCAGCCCGAAACAGGCACACACGAUGCACGAAUAUCCACAAACAACCGAAUGGGCUGGCUCCAACCAAGCAAGAAAGUACCUUGUUUCUCGCCGCACCACAGAAAAUAUACCCGACAGACAAGGUACAGUAUAUCUACCCCAACCGCGAAACCAUGACAAGUUCUAUAAACCAACCAAGCCAAACCAUACCAUACCCCUACCCACCUAGCGGGGACCACACUACACACUACAUAGCAGGUCGUAGUGGUGAUGGUGAUAUAACCCAAUAGUAGUACUCGAAUCACCACUCCUCCCCCCACCCCCCCUCAUCCAAAUCCUU